AGUUUGUGUCCUCGUCUUCAACACUACAGCGAUGGCGGUGAAUAAGAGUAAAGCUCAGAGUUCUCUGGUCCUCCAUAAAGUGAUCAUGGUCGGCAGUGGAGGUGUGGGAAAAUCAGCUCUGACUCUGCAGUUCAUGUAUGAUGAGUUUGUGGAAGAUUAUGAGCCCACAAAAGCAGACAGCUACCGUAAGAAGGUUGUGCUGGAUGGAGAAGAGGUGCAGAUUGACAUUCUGGACACGGCGGGACAGGAGGAUUACGCUGCCAUUCGAGACAAUUACUUCCGCAGCGGAGAGGGUUUCCUCCUGGUGUUCUCCAUCACAGAGCCUGAGUCCUUCAGCGCCAGCGCAGAGUUCAGGGAGCAGAUCCUGCGAGUCAAAGCUGAAGAGGAUAAGAUCCCUCUGCUGCUGGUGGGCAAUAAGUCAGAUCUGGAGGAGCGACGGCAGGUUUCAGCAGACGAGGCCCGGAGCAAAGCAGACGAGUGGGGAGUUCAGUACGUGGAGACCUCGGCCAAAACCAGAGCCAACGUCGAUAAGGUCUUCUUUGAUCUAAUGAGGGAAGUCCAAACCAAGAAAAUGUCGGAAAACAAGGAGAAGAAUUUAAAAAAGGGCGGCAAGAAGAAGAAGAGUCUGAAAGAGAGAUGCACACUGCUGUGAUUAACCCGUCCAGCUCUCCUGUCCUGAACUGAGCCGCUCGGAGGAAAAUAAUAAUAAUGAUGAUGAUGAUGAUGAUGAGCAGAUCUUCCUCAUCCAGCUUUUCUGAUGCCAAACACAAUCAUAACUCCAGCUCUCCAGCAAGGGGCUUUUGCACAUUUCUGCAGACCAGCGUAUUAGUAAAAUCAGUAGCGUAACUCUAAACUGUGUGACUUUCAUAAUCUCAACUUUCUAAUCUAACUCGAAAAACACACAAGAUUAAUUAUGCUGCAUUAUUGGGCCUCAUGAAACAAGAACUGAGUCAGUUGUUGCGUUUAAUAAAAGGGACAGUUCACCCAAAAAUGAACGUAUUCGUGGUUUCAACCUUUUUAUCAAUGGGAAUCAGUUUCCAACAUUCUUCAAAGUAUCUUCUUUUGUGUUCAACAGAAGAAAAUCAAACAGGUUUGAAACAAGUGAAGGGAGAGUAAAUGUUCAUUUUUGUGUGUACUGUCCCUUUAAGUGACCAUUUGCAACAAUAUUCUUAGAAUUUAAAGAGACAGUACACCCAUAAAAUGAAAAUGUACUCACUCUGAAGUCUAACCUUUUACAAGUCUUUUUUCUUAUGUUGAACACAGAAGAAGAUAUUUUGAAGAAUGCUGAUAAACUGUAGCCAUUGAUUUAAAUAAUAGGAAUUAGAAAAUACAGUAGUUGUCAAUGGGAAUCAGUUUCCAACAUUUUUCAAAGUAUCUUCUUUUGUGUUCAACAGAAAAAAGAAACUCAAACAGGUUUGAAGCAAGUGAAGGGAGAGUAAAUGUUUAUUUUUGUGUGUACUGUCACUUUAAGUGACCAUUUGCAACAAUAUUCUUAGAAUUGAAAGAGACAGUACACCCAAAAAAUAUAAGAAUAUAUUUUGAAGAAUGCUAAAAACACAUUAGCUUCCAUUAUAGGAAACAGGAAAAUACAGUGGUAGUCUAUGGGAAUCAGUUUCCAACAUUUUUCAAAGUAUCUUCUUUUGUGUUCAACAGAAGAAAUAAACUCAAACAGGUUUGAAGCAAGUGAAGGGAGAGUAAAUGUUCAUUUUUGUGUGUACUGUUCCUUUAAGUGACCAUUUGCAACAAUAUACUUAGAAUUUAAAGAGACAGUACACUCAAAAAAUAAGAGAAGGUAUUUUGAAGAAUGCUAAAAAAACCAUUUGCUUCCACUAUAGAAAACAUAAAAAUGCAGUAGUUGUCAAUGGGAAUCAGUUUCCAACAUUUUUCAAAGUAUCUUCUUUUGUGUUCAACAGAAGAAAGAAACUCAAACAGGUUUGAAGCAAGUGAAAGGGAGAGUAAAUGUUUUUGGUGUACCGUCCCUUUAAGUGACCAUUUGCAACAAUACACUUAGAAUUUAAAGAGACAGUACACCCAUAAAAUCAAAAUGUACUCACUCUGAAGUCUAACCUUUUACAUUUUUUCUCUUUUCUGUUGAACACAAAAGAAGCUAUUUCGAAGAAUGCUGAUAAACUGUAGCCAUUGAUUUACAUAAUAGGAAACGGAAAAUACAAUGUAGUCAAUUGCAAUAAGUUUCCAACAUUUUUUAAAAUAUCUUCUUUUUGUUUUCAACAGACAAACAGGUUUAAAACGGGUGUAGGAUGAGUAAAGGAUUAUGUUUGGGUGUACUGUCCCUUUAAGUGACAAUUUGCAACAAUAUAUUUAGAAUUUAAAGAGACAGUACCAAAAAAAACAAUUUAAAUGUACUCACUUUAAUGUUUUUCAUUGUUGAACACAAAAGAAGAUAUUUCAAAGAAUGCUGGAAACUGGUAGCCAUUGAAUUGCAUAGUAAGAUAAAUAAGUGCUGUGGUAAUCAAUGGAUACCAGUUUUGAAUCUUUUUUUUUUCUUUUAAAUAUUUUAUUUGUGUUCAAAAGAAGAAAUAAGUGAAGAGAGUAAAUGAUGUGAACAUUUAGGUGAACUGUCCCUUUAAGUGACACUUUGCAACAGCAUAUUCAGAUUUACUCCGUCUUCACUUAUUUUCUUUCUUUCUCUCUUUUUUUGUAAUUCUUUUCUUUCUUUCUUAUUUUGUAAGGUUGGAAACAGAUAUCAAUAGACUUCCAUAGUAUUUUUCCUACUAUGGAAGUCAAUGGUUACAGAUUUCCAACAUUUUUCUAAAUAGCUUCUUUUGUGUUUAACAGAAGAAAGCAAGCCAAUUAGGUUCAAAACAAGCUAAUGGAGAAUAAAUGAUCACUUUUUGGUGUACUGCCCAUUUAAGUGAAAAUUUGCAAUGAUUUAUUUAGACAUUAAAGAGACAGUACACCCCCAAAUUAAAAUGUACCCAUCAUUUACUGUACCUUCACUUAAAUUAAAACCUUUACAUUUCUUUUUCUCUCUCUCUUUUUUGUAGUUCUUUUUUAUUUAUAUGUUGGAAACGGGUAUCUAUGGACUUAUUUUUUUUUACUAUGGAAGUCAAUGGUUACCGGUUUCCAACAUUUUUCUAAAUAUCUUCUUUUGUGUUUAACAGAAGAAAGCAAGCCAAUUAGGUCAA